UCUCCUCCGACUCUCCCUGCAGCACACACCCUGUCUGGGAGGGAGAGGCGCAGGAGGGACACAACUCGCCUCACAGACUCCCGGAAUCUACUUUAAACUCAUUUUCACGCUUUUGUUUUUGACUCUUAUACAAAGUAGAGUUUUAUUCCUUCUUUUAUAGGAGACAUACGUUUUAAGAAAGUAGCCUACGCCACAGCUUUUUUUUAUUUUUUAAAUGAAGUUUAUGGGAACUGAAUUUGCGCUGUUGAGGCGACUUUUUUUAACGUUGUCCUCAUGUGGAGCGCUCUUUGUUUUGUUUUGUUUUUAAAGUUUUAUCCCGUCACGUAUAGGCCUAUAAUUGGAGCCACAAGGGAAUUUUGAAACUUUAAAAUUGGCCCUUUAGAUUGGUGCCAAGUUGUUUUACUAAAGCCGAAAAAAACUUCAGCGCAUUAAAGCCGUGAAGUGAAGUGAAGUUAAAUAAAUCGGGAUUUCGUGAUGUAUAUGUGAAAAUCCCCCCCAAAUCCGAAUCGGUGUCGUUCGGAAAAGGGGAGAAUUUGAUGGAGGUUUUAUGUGGGACCCGCUAGGAUGGACGUGGUAGAUGAAACAGAGGCUUUACAAAGAUUUUUCGAAGGUCAUGAUAUUACCAGUUCUCUAGAGCCAGCCAACAUCGACACCAGUAUCCUGGAAGAGUACAUCAGCAAGGAGGACGAUAGCACUGACAUCUGUUUCUCAGAGGUCCACAGCACCCCGGGACCAAAUUAUUCAUCUCCUCAGGCCGGAGUGUCCUCCUCUGGAGGAUUGGUGUGUGGUGUGAGUCCCCCUAUUCCUCUGCGCCAAGGAGCCCCUCCAGCCGGGCCCCCUAGCUGUCAGAACGCCUACCCCCAGGGUCCAUCUCUAGGGCUCCGACACGGUUACCCCUGCCUGGGACAGCAGCAGCAGCAGCAGCAUCAUCAGCAGCAGCAACAGGCUCACGUCAAGCCAGAGCACCGAGGCCAUUACGCUCCAGGGACUCUUCCUGAGUCCCCACCAGACUCCAGCUCUGAACCUUAUUCGCCUCAACAGGUGAAUGAUCCUCAAAUGAUCAGAACCAUGACUCCAGAGAAUAUGUGCCAGAUGACUCCGACGCCGCCUCUCCCUCCACACGGCCACUAUCCUGGCAUGCAUCGAGACAUGUACCUAAAGCCAGAGCCCAUGAUCUCGCAGUAUCAUAUCGGCCCAGCGACUAGUGGGGGUGGGGAGAUGCAGCAGACACAAAUGCUCCAUCAGCUGCUGCAGCAUCCUCAGGGGCAAGACAGCAUCCCUGUUCAUCAAGCCAAGAAGAGGAAGCACUCUGAGUCUCCCAACAGCACCUUGAAUUCCCAAAUCCUCACAGGUAUCAUCAAACAAGAACCAGGUUUGAUGCAGGAUGCAGACAACACCUACCUGGACCCAAACUAUCAGUGCAUCAAGUGGCAGCCUCACCAGCAGAACAAAUGGACGCCCCUUUAUGAUGCCAACGGCAAGGACCUACCGAUGCCGACCUACCGCGUCGAUGCUGAUAAAGGCUUCAACUUCUCCUUGGCUGACGAUGCCUUUGUAUGCCAGAAGAAGAACCACUUCCAGGUCACAGUGUAUAUCGGGAUGCUUGGGGACCCUAAAUAUAUCAAGACGAAUGAAGGCCUGCAGCCCAUCGACUGCUUUUAUCUCAAACUCCAUGGAGUGAAGGUGGAAGCCAUGAAUCAAUCGAUCAGUGUGGAACAGUCGCAGUCUGAUCGCAGCAAGAGGCCUUUCAAGCCAGUGCUGGUCACGUUGCCCCCCGAGCAGGUCACCAAAGUUACAGUAGGACGACUCCACUUCAGCGAGACCACAGCAAAUAACAUGAGGAAGAAGGGCAAACCAAAUCCCGAUCAGAGGUAUUUCAUGCUGGUAGUGGCCCUGCAUGCACAGUCCCACAGUCAGAGCUACACUGUGGCUGCACAUGUGUCUGAGAGGAUCAUCGUCAGGGUAACGUCUGGCCAUGCAUCCAACCCAGGCCAAUUUGAAAGUGAUAAUGAGGUUCUGUGGCAGCGUGGGCAGCUGCCAGACUCUGUGUACCACCACGGCAGAGUCGGCAUCAGUACAGACCGUCCAGACGAGGCUCUCGUUGUUCAUGGCAACGUCAAAGUCAUGGGAUCCCUUGUCCAUCCAUCAGACAUCAGAGCAAAAGAAAAUGUCCAGGAGGUUAACACCACAGACAAUUUGAAACGGAUUUCUCAGAUGAGGCUGGUUCAUUACCAAUACAAACCUGAGUUUGCUGCGACCGUGGGCAUAGAGAACACAGCGGAGACAGGUGUCAUUGCUCAGGAAGUUCAGCAGAUCCUACCUGAAGCUGUUAAGGAAGGAGGUGAUGUCGUUUGUGCCAAUGGAGAAACUAUCCCCAACCUUUUAGUUGUCAAUAAGGAGCGUAUCUUUAUGGAGAAUGUUGGAGCUGUGAAGGAGCUCUGCAAGCUGACGGACAACCUGGAGACUCGCAUAGAUGAACUUGAGCGCUGGAGCCGCAAACUGGCCAAGCUGCGGCGCCUCGACAGCAUGAAGAGCACAGUGAGCGGCAGCACGGUGAGCCAGUCAGGAAGUUAUUUUAGCAGAACAGGAAGUGGUCCACUCAAGAAAAGAAUGGUCAAACCCGGGAGCAAGAGCUCUCCUCUUGAUCAGGGCUGCAUCAGUCAGAGGUUCAUGCAGGGAAUCAUCCUGGCUCUUCUUAUUGUCAUGGCCUUCAGCGUCAUUUCGAUGUCAGUCCUUUACGUCCUUACUCUUCACCAUAGAGGAGCCAUCACGGAGAAAGACGGCCAUGUUUCUUCUUGUGUUCUCUACAUCUCAUGGAUGCCUAUCUUCACUGCUACUAUAACUGUCUGUCCGCCUGUCUGCACAUGGUCAAGAGCUGCACUGGAAUCAUCCCGCAAGAAUCCUUUAACUUCAGUCUCUACCACACCUGCACCAGCUUGCUGUUCAACCACAGCUGUGAACAACCAAUCAGCAACCACUCUGACAUUGAGUAGUAACCAAUCCACAUCUGGUUUGAGCAUCCCAGUUCCCACUCCUGGUACCAUCGUUAAAAAGGCCAAGUCCAGGCAAAUGGACAAAGACGGCCACAGCAGGAACCGUCUCAGCCACACAUCAGCACCCAUGUACUUUGCCAAGUCCAAGAGACCUGUAUCCCCAGAUGCAGAGGGAGUGGGAACCACCAACCGGUUGCCUCCAGGUCAACAGCCAGCACCACGGAGACAACGCAGCCUGCAUGCUAAAGUAACAGCGACAGCUCCGUCUCUAAGAAGUGUUCACAUUGUGGAGACAAACCAAGAAAUCACCUCACAAAGUUGUGAGUCAGCGGAAAGCUGCAGCUACACUCUAUCACUUAGGGGACAAAAAAAUCAUUCCAUACCACAAAUUACACUACACAUGAUGUCAAGAAAUAGUGUAUGGGUGAAACAAUGUGGAGCCACCAAAGGACGUUUAUGUCCCAACCACACAGAGUCAGAGCUCUAUAGUGGACAGAGUACAUCUACAAAGGGGACGCAUCACCUCUGGUCAGUACCUGUUUCGUCUUUCCAAGACGUCACCUAUCACUUCCGUGUCUCUCACUCGGGAGAAGUGAGUUGUGCCACAGAAGAAAAAAUCCCAUUGCACUCUGACUACCAUUUUCUCAUUCAAAGCAGCUGUGUGUGAAGAGGAAGUUGAUGUGUGCCUGUUUCUUCACACUUCAUCGUGUAUUUCCUGUUUGUGGUUCUGGAUGCAGACUGUGUAUGAUAGAAUGAUCUUUCCUUAUUACUGUAUAUAAUUUUAAAGAUUUUCAUGAAGAACAAAAUUUACCACUGUCCCAACUGCAAUCUGUACCAAAUGAAUUUUUAGUAAG